AUGCUGGCCAAAACUCAGUACUCGGCGGGCCCUUUAGGGGUCCCGACUCCAGUGACAGCUUAUCACACAACGACCCCCCGACCUGCGACUGCGACAAAAGUGGAUGGAAUUGGGUUCGCAAGCCCGACCAAGUCGGAAUUCUCCGAUGGACAGGAUGAGCUUGCGACCAUUCGAGGGUGGGAUGAAAAGAAGGUUGUUGGAUGGCUUCACAGUAUCAAAUGCGGCCAGUACGAGUCGGUUUUCAGAGCCAAUAAUUUCAACGGCGACAAUCUGAUCGACUGUGACCAAAAGAUACUGCAAGAGAUGGGCAUCAAGAAAGUGGGCGACCGAGUGCGCAUUUUUGUCGCAAUUAAACAACUUCGGAACAAGGCUAUGGUGAACCCAAGACAGAAGAAUAUUAACAAACUAGCUGCCAUGGAGACCGCGGCGUUGUCCUCUGAACCUUCACGCUUCUCAGGUUUUGGACGCAUGUCUCAGUUAGCGGAGGAGUUCGGAAAAUCAUCACCUGGGACACCUGGAGAUUCUGACCGCUGGCGCAAAGAUUAUCCCAAUCAGCCAUCAUCGGGAGGCUCAGGAAAUGGGCGAAGCUCUCAUCCGCGUAAUCCAAGUCUUGACGGGCUAACAAUGGGCCCACUCCCGCCCAACUCGCCAGUGAUUCGUGUGAUUUAUACUGGUGGGCAGACCAAGGUUCUCGAUAUCCGACACUGCAAAACGCCAGACGAAGUGAUGGUUGGAGUUCUGAAGAAGCUGCAGCUCCCCGAGCAUCAGUACAGGAACUACUGUUUCUACGUGUUGGACGGAUUGGACCCAGAUUUGGCGAACUGCAGGCGGUUGACUGAGAACGAACUCAUGGAGAUCUGCGAAGGCGUCAGCAAGUCUGAACGCGGUCGUUUGAUCUUGCGAAAGAUUCACGCCGGAGAGCCGGAUGGCGAUGAACUCCGUCGGGCGUCGCAGCUGGCUGUGGAUGAAAGUUCUGUUACACACCAAAUCGCCCUCAACAGAUCCAACCGUCGCAAUCAACACAAGAUUCAACAACUGACGGGUGAAUCAUGGCAGGUUAUUAAUACCAAGCAGCCAGUCUCUCCACAGGGACCUCGCAGUCGCUCUAACCCCUCAAUCGAGAUAGAGCAAAUGUCGCCUAAUGACCAGCGCAACCCAGUGGCCAAACUUCGGUCAUUCUUCGGCCAGAGACCACCUAGUGAGAUGAUUAUCCACGAGCUUCCAUCAUUCUUCCCUAGCCAUGAUCGGGAAGAUAUCGAGAAGACGAUGCGGAGAUCGCAACGUCUUAGCCGUGCUGCCAGUCGCCUUAGUGUUGUCAGCAACUAUAGUGUUGCAUCGAGUAUGAAAGAUGCACCUCCACUCCCACCGCUACCAUCUAUCCCUCCCAUUCCCCCAAUGCCCAACAUUGCCGACGCCUGGCUUCAGCACCAAGGCGGAGCACCAGCCGCGCGUGCACGACCCGCCUCUAUCUCCAGGUUUAAUCUUCCCCAAGCCUCCUACCGUGACUCUAUUGCGUCGAGCACCCUCCAACCCCUCCAGGAAGAGUCUCCUACUACUACAGAGCCGAACCGCAAGUCUUAUGUCUCACUUGAUAGUGGCUCGGAUGAGCAAAACCAAUCGCGCCAGAGCCUGUUGGAGGAGAGUAUGAGUGUUGCUGCCACCGACGGCGGUUCCUUUAAUGAUCGUAUGAGCGUCAUCGUGGCAGAAGAUGAUGAGGAGGAGGAAGAUGAUGAAGAAGACCCAGACAUGUCCGCUUUCUUGGCUGGCAAUCACUUUGCACCGGCGAAUUGGAUGAAGGGUUCUCUGAUCGGCGAAGGUUCCUUUGGAAGUGUCUUCCUGGCCCUACACUCCAUUACCGGAGAGCUCAUGGCCGUGAAGCAAGUUGAGGUUCCCUCCGGCACGAAGGGCACAGAAUUCGACCAACGAAAAAACCUCAUGGUCACUGCCCUUAAGCAUGAGAUUUCGCUCCUGCAAGGCAUGCACCACCCGAACAUCGUGCAAUAUCUGGGUACAGCUGCUGACGAAGAGCAUCUGAACAUUUUCCUGGAGUAUGUGCCCGGUGGCUCCAUUGCAACCAUGCUAAAGCAAUACAAUACCUUCCAGGAGCCUCUCGUCAAGAACUUUGUCCGACAGAUUUUGGCUGGUCUUUCCUACCUACACAGUAAAGAUAUCAUUCAUCGUGAUAUCAAAGGUGCCAACAUUCUCGUUGACAACAAGGGUGGAGUCAAGAUCUCCGAUUUCGGUAUCUCCAAGCGCGUCGAAGCAUCCCAUGUCCUCGGAUCCCGAGCCAGCCACGGCGGCGGUGGUCUCAACCGUCCAUCUCUGCAGGGCAGCGUGUACUGGAUGGCACCCGAAGUUGUCCGACAAACCGCUCACACUAAGAAGGCUGAUAUCUGGAGUUUGGGCUGUCUGGUCGUCGAGAUGUUCAUCGGCGCCCACCCAUUCCCCGAUUGUAGUCAGCUUCAGGCUAUCUUUGCUAUCGGUAGCAACCAGGCUCGUCCACCAGCUCCAGACCAUGUUAGCCAGGAUGCAGUGGAGUUCCUGGAUAUGACUUUCCAAGUUGAUUAUGAGAAGCGACCUAGCGCAGACGAGUUGCUGAAGUGCAAGUUUUUAGCUAUGCCGAAGCUAGGAUAG